CUUUGUUCGACCGACUUGACACCAGAAAGCAAGCCAAUGCCUUUCUAGGCGUGAGCACAAUGUUCGUGGAUACCGGACCGGUACAGACAAAGGCAACACUCGCAGAAGGUGGCAUUUCGACUUGCAACAAUGGACGGGAACCGAUGUAAAUGUCUAUAAAAAUGCCACCUUUCACUGCAGCUCCACCAUUAUUCGACUCUUUCCCAUGUUUUCCAAACUAUUCAACGUUUUCAAAUGCCUUUUUCGACCAGUUUGCGGGCAGGAAGCAGAGGCACAGUUCGAGAAGGCUGCUCCCGCUGGCCAAGACGCGCGUUCUGCCACGCACCGUCGCGUCGUUUCCGCUCCUGGCAGUGGUACUUUUGUCGGUACCGUGUCUGUUGCGCGCUCCAACUCUGUCUUAGCCCACUCCGCCGUAAACGAUCAUCCCCUUCCAAGUUCACUCCAAAUCGGCCCCAUCACCUAUGUCUUCAUCGAAACUGUCGGAGACUGGCGCCACAGCCAAGGACGGCCCCGCGUCCUCGUCGUCAAAGCCCUCGACAAGUCCAACUAUAUCCUUGACGACGUUCCUCUCAUCGAGGAUGGCCGAUUGCGAAACAUGAUCGACAAGCACUCAGUCAUCAGAGAAGAAAUCGCUAUCCUCAGGGAAAUACGCCAAAUCCAGUGCCCGUUCUAUGCUGAAAUACUGGAUUAUCGCCAGGACAUGCAUUGGUGUUAUAUCUUCAUGGAACAUUAUCCCCAGUCACUCGUGUCCCGUCUCCGCGAUCUCUCCGAGUCCAACCAACCCAUCGACCCCGAACUCGUCAAGCUCUACUGUGCCCAACUCAUCGCCGCCGUCAGCAUACUCCACGAAAAGAUGAUCUUCCACCGUGACAUCAAGCCAGAGAACAUCAUGAUCGACGCGCGCGGUCACCUCAAGCUCAUCGAUUUUGGCUUGGCCACUCGCGGCCGCUGCAUCAUCGACUCUGACGGUCGCGGUUCUGUCGGUUACAUGGCUCCUGAAGUCGUCCCAAAGUACAUGGUCGCGUCCUACCAGGCAGACCUCGCAGAUGUGUACAGUUUGGGUGUCGUCUUCGCCGAACUGUUUACUUGUCCAAACAACAAGGAUAUCUUCACUCGCGAUUUCGGAAGCUUCCGCAUUCCUCCUCGUCUCUGGGAACGCUUUGACGCUCGUGCAGCAAACAUGGUACAAUCGAUGACCAAAGAAGUCGCCGGAGAACGAAACACAGCCCGUGAAAUUCUCGAUCAUGCAUACUUUGAGGGUAUGGAUCGCUCCGAUGUUUUGAGCCUGCGUCUCGAACCAUCCUACAAACCAGCACCCCGUCAGUAUACGAACUCCAUUCCGUUAUAGGAUGGUCAAGGAUACCGGACGUGCUUAGUUUUUCCUCUUUUAUUUUUGUAUCUAUAUAAGUAUAUGGGAUAGGUUAUGCGUCAAUGACGAGGCCCCGGAGGCCACAGAGACGUUUGUGAAUGUGCCGGCGGGUCCGUUUGUAGCUUCUUUUAAUUUCUGGUAUACGGUUUUUGUAUUGUCAAUAAUGGUGCAACGUCUGCUACAUUGAAUAAAGAGAUAUCUCCGAUGGAGUUUUGAACCUUU